CGUGCGCCCGGCGCGCCCCCUCCCCGCUCCCCCCCGCGGUCCUCGGCCAUUGGCUUGUCCUGCUCUCUUUUUCAUGUCCAGCCCCCGAUGAGUGUCCAUUGGUGUUGCCUUCGCCUUCCCUCCUCCCCUCUCCCCGGCUCGCCCUGCCCAUGUUUUGUAUGUCUCUGUCCAUCCAGGCUCCUGACGUUCAAGUUCGCGGGGACGUCACGUCCGCACUUGAACUUGCGGCUCAGGGGGGCUUUUGCCAUUUUUUUCAUCUCGCUCUCUCUCUCCUUCCCUCUUUCCCUCUCUCUCCCUCUCUCUCUCUCCCUCUCUUUUUUUUUUUCCCCUCGCACAAAAAAAAAAAAAAAAAAAAAAAAAAAAGCCAUGACUGCUAUCCCACAAUUCAUCUUCCCUGCGCCAUCUUUGUAUUAUUUCUAAUUUAUUUUGGAUGUCAAAAGACAUUGAUGAAGAUAUUUUCUCGGGAGCCUCCUUCCUCCGCAGCCCGGCGCUCCCGAUGUGAGCCGCGCGCUCCGCCGCCGCCAGCCCACCAUGUCGCGCCGCAAGCAGGGCAAGCCCCAGCACUUAAGCAAGCGGGAAUUUUCGCCUGAACCUCUUGAAGCCAUUCUCACCGACGAUGAACCUGACCAUAGCACGUUGGGAGCUCCAGAAGGGGACCACGACCUCCUCACCUGUGGCCAGUGUCAGAUGAACUUCCCGCUGGGAGACAUCUUGGUUUUUAUAGAGCACAAACGGAAACAAUGCAAUGGCAGUCUCUGCUUAGAGAAGGCUGUGGAUAAGCCACCCUCACCCUCACCAAGUGAGCUGAAAAAAGCAUCCAAUCCCGUGGAGGUUGGCAUCCAGGUUACACCAGAGGAUGAUGAUUGUUUGUCAACGUCAUCGAGAGGAAUUUGCCCGAAACAGGAACACAUAGCAGGUAAAGAAGAGCCCAGCAGCUACACGUGCACGACUUGUAAACAGCCUUUCAACAGCGCCUGGUUCCUCUUGCAGCAUGCACAGAACACGCAUGGCUUACGGAUCUACUUAGAAAGCGAGCAUGGCAGCCCCCUGACACCACGGGUUGGUAUCCCAUCAGGACUAGGUGCAGAGUGCCCUUCCCAGCCACCUCUCCAUGGGAUUCACAUUGCAGACAAUAACCCUUUUAACCUGCUCAGAAUACCCGGCUCGGUCUCGAGAGAGACGUCAGGGCUGGGAGAAGGGCGAUUCCCACCCACGCCGCCCCUCUUUAGCCCACCCCCGAGGCACCAUUUGGAUCCACAUCGCAUAGAGCGCCUGGGUGCCGAAGAAAUGGCUCUGGCCACCCAUCACCCUAGUGCCUUUGACAGGGUGCUGCGACUGAACCCCAUGGCGAUGGAGCCCCCUGCUAUGGAUUUCUCCCGGCGGCUGCGGGAGCUGGCCGGCAACACCUCCAGCCCGCCCCUGUCCCCGAGCCGUCCCAGCCCUAUGCAAAGGCUGCUGCAGCCCUUCCAGCCUGGCAGCAAACCCCCGUUCCUGGCCACACCGCCUCUUCCUCCUCUGCAGUCCGCUCCUCCUCCCUCCCAGCCACCACUGAAGUCCAAGUCCUGCGAGUUCUGUGGGAAGACAUUCAAGUUCCAGAGCAACUUGGUGGUCCACCGCAGGAGCCACACUGGGGAGAAGCCCUACAAGUGCAACCUGUGUGACCAUGCCUGCACUCAGGCCAGCAAGCUGAAGCGCCACAUGAAGACACACAUGCACAAGUCAUCACCCAUGACAGUGAAGUCAGAUGAUGGGCUCUCCACUGCCAGCUCCCCUGAGCCAGGCACUAGCGACCUGGUUGGCAGUGCCAGCAGUGCCCUCAAGUCAGUGGUGGCCAAGUUCAAGAGUGAGAAUGACCCCAACAUGAUCCCCGAGAAUGGAGAUGAGGAGGAAGAGGAAGAGGAGGAGGAGGAGGAAGAAGAGGAGGAGGAAGAAGAGGAGGACUUGACCGAGAAUGAGAGGCCAGAUUAUGGCUUUGGGAUGAACCUGGAGGCGGCCCAUCACCACGAGAACAACUCACGGGCUGGAGAGGAGAGCCGGUCGAUGCCAGAUGUCAUGCAAGGUAUGGUUCUCAGCUCCAUGCAGCAUUUCAGCGAGGCCUUCCACCAGGUGCUGGGGGAGAAGCACAAACGGGGCCACCUCUCCGAGGCCGAGGUACACAGGGACACUUGCGAUGAAGACUCGGUGGCUGGUGAGUCCGACCGCAUUGACGACGGGGCGGUCAACGGCCGAGGCUGCUCCCCUGGGGAGUCUGCCUCAGGCGGCCUGUCCAAAAAGCUGCUGCUAGGUAGUCCCAGCUCCCUGAGCCCCUUCUCCAAACGCAUCAAGCUGGAGAAGGAGUUCGAUCUACCCACCGCCGCCAUGCCCAACACCGAAAAUGUUUACUCGCAGUGGCUGGCUGGUUAUGCUGCCUCGCGGCAGCUGAAGGACCCCUUCCUCAGCUUCAGCGACUCCCGACAAUCGCCCUUCGCCUCCUCCUCUGAGCACUCGUCAGAGAAUGGCA